UCUCAGCAGAUCCCCCUCCCAAGGAUGGCUGAUCACCACCACCAUCAUCACCGCCCCAACCGCCUCUCCCUCCCUCCACGCGCCACCGCUUUCACCACCCCCACGACAGCAACCAGCCCAAGAUCUCACCCUUUAUAUUCCUAUCCUUCCAUCACAACCCCAACUCCAACUCCCUCUAAACACCGCCUUUCCCUCCAAUCUUCCAAGGCCUACUCUUCCUCCCACCCCCAAAAGAAAUCCUCCUUUUCAUUCCUUCUCCUCCUCCUUUCGCUUCGCUCUCUUUACUCUCUCCUCCCUUUCCUCCGCUCUUCCCCUCCUUCGUUCUCACUCUUCCCUUUCUCUUUCCUCCUUUCUUUCCUCUCGUUCCUCCUCUCUCUCUCAUUUUCUCUCUUCUCCAAUAAACCCCCAAGACACCACCCAAUUUUCUCUCUUUCCUCUCUCUCCAAGACCCAGCUCAAACUUUUACUCUCAAAGUCCUUCCUUUUAUCAAUUAUUUUCCUUCUGAGGUUCCAAGCUCUUAGAUACUGUGGUACAGCUGCUAUGAUCUUAGCUGAACUCUCCGGAAAUCUUGCUGGCAGACUGUUUUCCCGCACAGAUACCCCGAAAAUUAGGUCCUUUUUUUCUUCUCGGUUUAUUGGGUUUUGCUUCUUAUUUAUUGGGUUAAUGUUAUUAUCUUUAAGUUGGGAUAGAGUAGAUUGUUUUCCUUUGAAUAAGUCUGGGUUUUCAAUUUAUCCUAGAGAAGGUUGUGUUAGAGUUUGGCCUAUGUUAUUGCCCUUUUUGUCAGGUCUUUUAGGUUGUUAUGAGAAGGUUUCGAUGAACUGGGGGAGCAUUAGGCAGCUUGGUCGAAAAAGGGUUCGGUUGAUUUCAUUGUUUUUCUCUACGGUGAUGCUUUUUGUUCCUGCUGUUGUUAGUUUCUUUGUUUAUGAAAGUGAAGGAGGAGGAGGAGGAAAUGUUUCUGUUGAGAAUUUAGUUUGGCCUUUGGUGAAUACUGUUGUUUUUGGAGUGCUUUUGAGUGAAAAUUAUAGUGAUGAUCAUCAUAAGUUAGUGAAUCCUAAAGAUUUUCAAAGGGAGUUUGUGGUUACUUUUGCUUGUACUGUUGUUUUGGAGUUGUUUUAUUUUGAUGAGUUAUCUCUUUUGGGAUUGUUGUUGUGUGGUUUGUUGUUGUACUUUGCUGUUCGAGAACUGGAUCCUGAUUAUUGGAGUUAUCUUGAAUUGGGGAUGGAAUCUUCAGAGUCUUUUAGUAUGUCGAUAAUGAAACCUAUUCGGCAUAUUUUGAGUGAGAGAAAGUCUCGAAAGAUUGCAUUGUUCUUGUUGAUUAAUACUGGAUAUAUGGUUGUGGAAUUUGUUGCUGGCUUCAUGAGUAAUAGUCUUGGGUUGAUAUCGGAUGCAUGUCACAUGUUGUUUGAUUGUGCUGCAUUGGCUAUUGGGCUUUAUGCUUCGUAUAUUUCACGAUUGCCUGCUAAUAAUCAGUUCAAUUAUGGUAGAGGCAGAUUUGAGAUUCUAUCAGGUUAUGCUAAUGCAGUUUUCCUGGUUCUAGUUGGGGCAUUAAUUGUGUUGGAAUCCUUUGAGAGGAUUUUGGAUCCUCAAGAAAUAUCAACUAACAGUUUAUUAACUGUCUCAAUUGGAGGGCUUGUUGUCAAUGUGGUGGGUUUGAUAUUCUUUCAUGAGGAGCAUCAUCAUGCACAUGGUGGAUCAUGUUCGCAUUCACAUUCUCAUUCUCAUUUCUACUCUAAUGACCACCAUCAUCAGCAUUCACAUGAUCAUGAAAGUCAUGUCGAACACCACAACUUUAUAAAUGUUUCGGAUGGAUGCCAAGGAUCAUGCUCUGGCCAUGAACACAAUCACAUUAAUCAACAUGGCAGCAACAAUUGCCAUGCUGAAGAUCACGAUAUACACACUGAGUGUCAUGACCACCAUGACCAUGCUCAUGAUCAAGCCUACCAUGACUGGUAUCAUAAUGAUCACCAUGAUCAUGGACAUCAACAUGACCAUGCUCAUAGUCAUGACUGUGCCCAUUAUCAUGAUCACCAUGACCACAGACACCAAUAUGAUCACAAGGAUAAUCAUCAUGAGCAUGGAGCAGGCUUGCACUCCCAUACUCACUAUUCAGAAUCUAAAAUUCAUUUAUCCUUGGCAUAUAGUGGAUCCAAACAAAGCCAGCUUUUAUCUGAAGGGAAGGAACCACAAAAGCACCAACAUCACCACAUUGACCACAAUAUGGAAGGAAUCUUCUUGCAUGUUCUGGCAGACACCAUGGGAAGUGUUGGAGUUGUUGUAUCUACCCUCUUAAUUAAGUACAAAGGAUGGCUUGUUGCGGAUCCUGCCUGUUCAAUAUUCAUUUCUGUUUUAAUUAUAUCUUCAGUUUUCCCAUUACUUAGGAACUCUGCUGAUAUCUUGCUUCAAAGAGUUCCUAGGGCUCAGGAGCAGGGUUUGAAGAAGGCCAUAAGUGAUGUUAUGAAGACGAAGGGGGUAAUUCGUAUUCAGAAUUUGCAUGUAUGGAGCUUCACAACGAUGGAUAUUGUAGGGACAAUCCACCUUCAUAUAUCAGCGGAAACUGACAAGGCUGCUACUAAAGCACAGGUGUCACACAUCUUACAUGAUGCUGGAAUUAAGGAUUUGACAUUGCAAGUCGAAUGUGUUGAGUAAUGAUAACAUACCUUUCAUCUUUGAUAGUAGAGACUAUAUAGCUCAUUCAUCUGUUAUGAUCAAAGGCAACAUAUUUUCUCUGAUUGAUAAGCUAUUGUUAAGUAUUAUGAUCAAAGGCGCAUGUAUAUAGUCCUAAGACUUAAGAAUUCAACAUUGAUGGAUUUCAUUAAGCAACAGAAAGGAAAAAGGUCUAUGUUUGUAACAGAUGGGAUCAGCAGCAGUGUCUUCAACACUAUAGGAUAGUGAUAGUUUUCUUAUAGGUUCAGCUGACUGGAAUCCAAACAAGAGGAAUUAAUUGGUUAUGUAAUGAAACAAGCAUUGCUACAUUAUUUUGGUAUGUAACUUUUUGCUUAUACAGCGGAAACUUUUAUUUAUGGUUCAUUUGGAUCCAA